ACUUGACUUGACAAGAAAAAACCACCAUAGAAGAAGCCAGUGAGAAAAAGAGAGAGCAAAAAGGGAGGCAGAGAGAGGGGGAAAAGAACCAAAAAAACAAAAAAACAAAAGCAAAAACAAAAAGGGUGUGUUUUGUAUGGAGGAAUGAAAGAGUGAUGCAGCUGGCUUGUGCCGAACUCAAAAAACACACACCCCUGAAGGAUUUAUCUUUCCUUUCCUUCUCUUUUCUUUCCCUUUCCCCAUCACCAUGACUUCUUAGCCCAAUCUGAUUCCCUUCUUCUUUUUUCUCGUUUUCUUUUUCUCUUUCUACACAUACACAUACAGCAAUACCUACGUAGAUAUAUGGAUGGAUAUGGAAAGAAGCAUUUAUUUUGAUCGUCCAGGAUCACUAAAUAUAGCCUAAUAAAUGUGGUAAUAGUGUAAAGUCCUCAACUUCCUACCUUUCCUUUGUUUUAUUCUAACAUGUGCAGGUUGGUGGAGGAAUAAGUAGCCAGCAGGCUUUUCUUUCUUGAUCCCGAAUGUUGGCUCAGUGCUCUUUUUCUUCUUCAUUUCCGUCACGUAAUGGAGACUUACGAAUAGCUUUGCAGCAACAUGGCUCGGAUUACGACAUCAAAGUUCCUCAGAAGAGUGCACUACUCGUGAGUAUGCAAAAUAAUAAGUGCUGACCGAAGUUUCAGUUAUUAGGGGACAGGAUGUUACCCAGAAUAGGUGAUCAUUAUUUACGUCAGAAGUACAGUCAUGAUGGAUCCCCCAGAGAAGCUUUAAAGCAGAAAAUGCUCAGUCAGGAGUAUACAUUCAAGAAGCAGGUGCAGGAACUUCAUCGGUUGUACCAGAUACAAACGAUUCUGAUGAAGAAUUUGCGGUUGAAAGAGUCUGCAAGCUCCUCUUUUCAAGGAAUCUCACGAAGACCUAUGGAUGCUGAAGUUUCAACCAGUCACCACGUGAAACAUAGUGAUCUGCAUUUCCCUAAGAAGGGAGAUGGUUGGGGUACUGCAGAAAAUCCUGUACAAGUAGAUCAGUAUUUUGAUGGUGAGCUAGGAGCUUCUUCAGAAGAAGUUCAGCUUUCCUUGAGCAUCAGUGGGGACACUAUGCAAAAUAAGAGUUGCAAGAAAAUUUGGGAUAAAAAGCUCACUUCGAUAUCCUCCCAAUAUGCAAUUGACUUAGAGGAAUCAGCUCCCACAGCAUUGAGUAGAGAUAUCCAACCUAAGUCUACACUCGGCUGUGCUGCUUGCUCUGCUGAUUCUGGAAACCUGCAUGUUUUCCAGAUUAGUUGCAGCUGCCCAAAUGGCCUGAAUAAAUAUCUUGAUGAUGGAAUUAAGAGAACUCAGUCACUUGUAGAUGAGACUAAAAAUUUUCUAGAGCAGAACAACUUAGAUCAAGGGGCUAAAAAAUGGCUUGGAAACGUUCCAAGUAUGGGUAUAUCUUGUGCGACCAACAUUUGUCCUUCCCGUGAAGCUCCAUGCAUAGACCUUAACAAGCCUCUGCUUGAUGAAGCACCUCACUCAGAGGAGUACCUUGUAAUGGAGUGCUCAGCUGGUGCCUCUUCUAGUGUUUCAGAGAGAGUGAGUGGUGAAUGGCACAAAGUCUCGUCACCUGUUGGAACUAGUAGAAAACCAGAGAGUAGGUGCAUUUCUGCUAUGACUAAAGAAGAUACCCUGAAUAUUACAGUGAUGGCUUCCAACAGCGCCGAUAGUAGCACUAUCAUGACUGGAAGUAAAUCACUCUCUGUUGAUCUAGAGUCAUGUUUCAAGUCACCAUCUGACCAAAGUGAUGUUCAUGACUGCCUCACUGAUAACUUGCAACAUAAAGAUGCAAAAUUUGUGUCAAAUCUUCCCAGAAAAAAUCAUAAAGGCAAAACGAUGAUCGAAGUGGAUGAUAUGAUGGGCGAAGUGGAUGCCAUUUCUCCAAAUUUAUGUAUUAGGGGAGAUAACAUCGAGGAUGAGGACAGAGACAGUUCCCCUGCCUCGUUCAAGUUUGGUUGUAUUGGAACUGAUCCUUCAAGUAGCUUUAAGACUGUGCAAUCUGGGACUCGUGUGGGAAAAUCUGUUUCCUUCCAAAACUCUGAGUCAUCUCAAGAUGAAUCUUCUAUUCACGCUGAAUCAAAAUCUGAAUCCUUUGAUGGGAAAACAGAAGGAUCAGCACGAGAUGAUGCUCUAAUCCAAAAAGGUGCCGUUUCUCUGAUGUACUUUUUGCUGGAAAUAUCGAGUAGAGAGGAGGAUGAUCGUGUUGCUGAGGUUGACAAGAUGAAUGAGAUUGAGAAAGGGAAGAGAGAUCAGCCACAGUGUUCUUCAGAUACUUUUGAAUCCAUGGUGCUCAAGCUGCAGGAAAGCAACGUAGAAGACUACUGUGUGUCUUCAAUGCCCAUGGAAGUGAAUGACACAGACAAGAAAGAUUACGGAAUUAGAUUGAGGAGGGGUAGGAGAAUGAAGGACUUCCAGAAGGACAUUCUACCAGGCAUGGCAUCUCUUGCUAGGCAUGAGAUUUGUGAAGAUAUUAGAAUUAUGGAGGGAGUAAUUAGAUCCAGAGAGUAUAAAAAACUUAGAUCCAAGAUGGCCAACACACAGAACUGGUUCACUCCUGUAAGAAGCAGGAGGUCAAGACUCAAUUAUAUAGGUAGAAAAUAUUAUUGAUGAACUUGAUAUUAAUUAGGAUUACCUUUACUGGGUAUAAAAUACAGUCAUUAGUGAACAUAUCUGGUUGCAUUUGUUUUAGAGACCAUAAAUUUAUGUAGAUCAAGAUGACGGACACUGCGUCUUCCAUUGUGUAGGCUCAGUUAUAUCAAUUUGAGAUGACGUAAUCACUGCUA